AUUUUUAAACUAAAAAAACGAAAUUUUAAAAAUAAGAUAUAAAUUUUUGAUGGGCAUGAAUAAUUUGAACAAAUUUACAUAAUUAAUAUAUAACGAGAGUUUAAAAAUACAAGUACAUAAGUAGAGUAUUGAUAAAAUAGAGUAAGUUAAGAUGAAUCUUGAAGUGGAAUUAAUAGCGGGAGUUGUCAAGGGUGGACCACCUCCAGCACAUUUACCGGCCCCACGACUUAUCAAGAUAUUUAUUGCUGGGGAACGUGACGAAUUUCCUGAAGAACGGAAGCAACUACUGGAAUCGAUUGGACCAGAACUUCAAUCUAUUUACGAUGACAUGGGAAUUGAAGUAUUAUUGGUCGAUAUGCAAUUUGGCACAAGUAGGAAUCCUGAUAGCGAUCCGUACUUAGCUGAAUUAUUUCUUGAAGAGAUCAGAGCAUCGUUCCGCCACUCACGCGGAUGUUUUCUACUUCUUCUAGUGGGUACGGAUUACAGUACUGGUUGGAUUCCAACGAAAUUUAAAGAGGAAAUUUUUCGUACUCUCGUCACAAAUUCACCCGAGCUUAAUGACUAUUACGAGUACAAAGAGCAUUGUUAUGUUUUAAAGGCCACUAGAGAGGAAACAGUUAAAGAUGAUUGGCAAACAAAAGGAACGCAGCUUUCAGAAAUGCUUAGAGCUGCUGCCGAAUCAGCAUUAAUAAACGAUCCAAACAAUAUUGAUUUACAGUACGUGUUAAAAUCAACAUCCGAACGUCAAUUAGAUUAUGGAUUAAAUUUAGAUAAUGAAGGAAAUGGAAUAAUUGGUAUUAUUCGUAACUGGACUAAUAAAGGUCCAUUAUCAUCACCAGCAUGUCAAAAGCUCAAAACAAAAUUACAUUCUCAUUUACCUAAAGGCAACGUUUUAAAUUUCGAUGUUAACUAUAAUGACACUGGUAUUAUUGAUCCCGACAUAAAUAGUCAUGAUAAUUAUUUGACAAAACUACGUAGCCAAGUAUUGGAUAGAAUCCAAAGCUUAGUAAAUGCAUCCGUAGAAUCAGCUCCAGAAAUAAAAAGCCGUAAAAAAAUGGUUCAAGAAAUUUACGCGGAAAGUCUUGCUCACCAAUCAUUAUUACGCGAAAUAAAAGAUUUGUCUGAAAACGACGAUAUCGUACAACGAGUCAAAAAACUUUUACAAAUGGGUAUGACCCAAAAACAUGGCCCUAUAAUAAUACGAGGUAAUCGUUGUACAGGAAAGUCUUCAAUAUUGUCAACAAUUUACAAAAAAAUAGAUAAUUGGUUCAUUAACAAAACAACGAUGAAAAUAGUGCGUUUGUGCACAGCAACACCUAAAUCGGCCUAUAAUUUAGAAUUAUUAAGAUUAUUGUGCCAGCAUAUUGGUUUUAUAACCGGUAACAAUGAUGGCAAUUUACCCCGAGAUGCUUCUUUUCAUCCAUUGUAUUUAAAUAAUUGGUUCAAUGAAAUAAUAUGUGGCAUUGAAGAAAAACCAUCUAAUGGUAAUGACAACCAAUUGAUUAUUUUGAUCGAUGACAUUAGUCGUCUGCAUCCCUUGGAGACAGAUAUUGUUACUGCGUUGUCAUGGUUACCAUUGCAAUUACCACCGGGUUUGCAUUUUGUUAUUACAACGCAAUUGCCAUUGGAAAUGCUGAAGUUGACACCAUUGCAAAAAGAGAGAUUCAAAAGUACGGAUAUACUUAUCGAGUUGCCGGAAACAUGCCAUCGAAUUCCGAACAUCGAAAGGGAGUUCGAUAGUUUGGAGAGACUCAUCGGUAGUAAAGCAGCUAAUCGUAUUGGUUCGUUGUUAGCGUGUACGGAAUAUGGGCUAUCGGAAACGGAAUUACUUGAAUUAAUAAUGCCUACAACAGAUGAUAGCCCAUUGUUAUUAACGUCAGGUCAAUUUAAUUUUUCAACUUGGUGUUUGGUUCGUAGAAAUUUCGAUCAUUUAUUGAGAGUAAGAGUUAUGAGCGGAAGGUUACUGUUUUCAUGGCAUUGGAUUACGCAAGAUAUAGCACGUAAACGUUAUCUACCAACGCAAUUUAUAUCACGGCCUUGUCAUGCUGAAUUAGCGGGACUGUUUUUUUCGGAAGAUUGUGAAGAUAGUGAACGCUCACCAGUCAAUGAACAAGAUCCUGAUACACCACCAAAUAAAGAAACCCCUUUUCAAAGCUUACCACAAUCACAAGACAUAACUUAUACAUUGAGGCACGUUGAAGAAGCAUGGCUUCACUUAUUACGAGCUGGAGACGCUGAGAAAAUAAAAAAAUUUUCUGUUUGCGCUUUUGAUUUUUUGUUGGCCGCCGUUCAGAUGAUAAGCGUCAGUUAUUUACGCUGUGUUCUGGAACAUGCGAGACGCUAUUUGCUGGAACGGGAUUUGGAGUUGGUUUAUUAUACGAUCAGAAACUCAAGUGAUGCUUUGACAAGAGAUCCGCUGCAAUUGGGCGCCCAAUUGAUAUCUUGGCUUAGGCCCGUUGUGGGCGAUGGUGGUGAUUUGGUUAAUUCUGGGGAUCAAGUCAGCAGGAUGAUCACUGCAGCAAUGGCUUGGUGUGACGGUUACGCAGCGCCACUAUUGGUACCACUGAAUGGUUGGCUGCAGUCUCCUUUGCCACUGCAAAUAAAAACACUGACUUGCCCUCAAAAUGUUAAGUUUGUGGAACCUGCACCAACAGGCCAACAUGUUAUUAUUGUCCCUGAUCAAGGAGAUGCUCAACUAUGGCAUGUUAUGUCUGGCCAACUUGUUCAUACAUUCAAAGGCCACUCAAACCCGAUUUCCUGCAUUACUGUCACCCAACAAUCACAAUAUCUGCUGACCGGCUCUGAAGAUACAUCGAUAAUAGUCUGGGAUAUGAAAGAAUUGACACUAAAGCGACGUAUCUGUGAGCAUAUCGCCCCAGUAUUGACAGUAACCCCGGCGCUUAACAAUUCAGUGAUUGUAAGCGGAGGUGAAGAUUCGCGUAUCAUUGCAACGAGUCUUCUAACUGGUGAAGUCCUGAUGAAAGUCGACCAUCACCGCGGACCCGUGACAACUGUAAAAAUAGAUACCGCUGGUGACAUAUUGAUAUCCGGAUCAGCAGAUGCGACCGUCUGCUUAUGGUCACUUGAAAAUUUUCAAUUACUCAAUAGUAUAACAUUACCCUCACCCGUAGCAAUGCUCGACGUAUCAAUAGAUUCAGUAUUUUUGCUAGCCGUCUGCGAAGAUAACAAACUAUACUUACGUUCACUGGCAACUGGUACUGAGAUUCAUUCACUCAGAGGACAUCAAGGCCCGGUAAAAAGUUUGUCAUUAGCAAAAGACUGCCGAAGAGCAGUAGCUGGUGGUGUUGACGGCCAUGUAUCAAUUUUCGAUAUGCACAGUGGAAAAUUAAUAAAACCACUGUCGACAAAUUCAUCAGCCGACGUAUCAUUCGUCAAAGUUACUGAUAAAGACGAUUUUCUCAUAACGGCAAGUGGCAAUCGCGUAACAUUCUGGAGUUUCCGUGGUAACGAAAACAAUAAUUUUAAAUCACUAGGAUCUAAAUCUGGCAAACACGAAUCGUUACAACCGCAUACAUCGGCAAUAUCAUGCUUAGAUAUAUCACGCGAUGGUGCAACUGCAGUAACAGGUGGCACUGAUUCCCUAGUUAAUUUAUGGCAAUUAAACACCCAUGAGCUUAUUAUGACGCUGGAGGGACACAUUGCAAGUAUCACGUGCGUUGCAUUUUCAGCCUCGGGGUUGUUUGUUGCUUCGGGAUCAGAAGAUAAAACAGUACGCGUUUGGGGAUUAACAUUGGGUUUAGUUGUCGCAACAUUUCGUCAUAUGGCUCCAGUUACUGCAGUAAUUGCUAUGCUGGAUGGCAGACGAGUCGUUAGUUCUGAUCGCGGUGGUACCAUUAGAGUCUGGGCAGCUGACACUGGUACGCUGAUACAAUCGGUAUGCGGACCGGGUUGUUGUAUCGCAGUAACAUCGGAUAUGAGGUACGCAAUCUGUGGUACUGGUGACAAUCAAUUGCGUAUACUGAGUUUGGGUGCUGGUCCAGAAGAAAAACAUCAAAUUUCACACUCACAGGAUAUUACGUGUUUAGUCGUAACACCUGACUCGCAAUCGCUGAUCACUGGAUCACGUGAUAUGAGUCUCAAAGUUUGGCAAUUGGCUGGCGGCAAAUUGUCCCAGGUACUGGUAGGUCACACUGAUCACGUGACGUGCGUUGCAGUUGCUGUUACUGACAAAAGUAUCGUUGUUUCGGGAUCGCGUGACGCUAAUUUGAUUGUCUGGGACAUAAACACGGGAGCAGACUUGCAUACUCUUAUUGGGCAUCUUGGUUAUGUCACUUGCGUGCGUUUAUCUGGUGAUGGAACUCUGGCUGUAAGCGGAAGCGAAGAUAAAAGUUUGUUUAUUUGGGACACCAAGAAGGGAAUCGCAUUGAGCUCAAUUGUUCUUCAUGUAACUAUACUUGGGGUUGAAAUGUCAACUGAUUGUUCACGAAUGGGAAUUCAUCUACUGGAACAAAGUCGCAUGCCAAUACUUUGUUUACACAACACACCUGCUCAAUAUGUUAAGUUACCGUCUUAUGUUGCGCCUCGGGAUUUACGACCGCCUGGGCCUAAACGACCUGCCAGGAGAUUGUUGAAAAAAGAAGUUUCGUUGGACACUUACACAUGGCAAAGGAAAUAUGGUCAUUUGACAUCAGGAAUAAUGGUCGCUGCUGUUGAAGACAGAUUGAAACGGCGUUUCAGUGUUAGCGCGUCAAUGGAAGAAAUAAGCAAAGCUGGUUUAGCAAACUCACAAUCAAGUCUCGGACGCGAGCAAGCUGCAUUAGCACAAUCACAACACUUUGAUCAACUUGAGGCAUUAUGGAAUAAACAAUCACCACCUCCUAAACCACGUGGAUUUGGACGUACAUUAUCCAAACAGAGUUCACUCCAAGGAACCCGAAUAUCGGAUUCUGAUGAAGAAGAUGUACCAGAUUAAAUAUCGCUGAGAUAAGUAUAAAAUUUAUGAUACUUAUGGUAAAUUUUAAUGAAAAAAAUAAAUUCCUCUCUAUCUAAAUAUAUAUAUUUUUGA